UGAUAGGCUACGUCACCAACGAAUUUACCAAGUGACAUAAGAAGUUUUCUCAUCAAAAAUGGGAUCUUCUCACAGUAUCGAAAUACCAGGAGGUGGCACAGAAGGUUACCAUGUAUUGAGGGUACAAGAAGGUUCUCCUGGUCAAAAAGCUGGUCUAGAAGCAUUUUUUGAUUUUAUCGUAGCAAUUGGAAAUACUCGCUUGGAUCAAGAUAAUGAUACAUUAAAGGAACUUCUUAAAAAUGGUGUAGAUAAAAAAUUAACAAUUACAAUAUAUAGCAGUAAAACACAAUCUGUAAGGCAAACUGUUGUAGUACCCAGUCUUACGUGGGGUGGACAGGGUCUUCUUGGAGUGAGUGUAAGAUUUUGUUCUUUUGAGGGUUCUAAUGAAAAUGUUUGGCAUGUUCUUGAAGUGCAUCCAUCCUCUCCUUCAUUCACAGAUUAUAUUAUUGGUGCUGAUUCAGUUUUACAUGAAUCUGAAGAUUUAUUUACUUUGAUAGAAACACAUGAAUAUCGAUCUUUAAAGUUGUAUGUAUAUAAUACAGAAGAUGAUUCUUGUAGAGAAGUUACAAUUAUACCCAACCAUACUUGGGGUGGAGAAGGAAGUUUAGGUUGUGGAAUUGGAUAUGGAUAUUUGCAUAGAAUACCCAUUAGAAAUAUUCAAGAGCAUAAAUCGAAUAAUUUGUACAAGAGUAAUGUUAAAUCUACUAUUACAAAGCCAAUUACAUCAAAUGCUACUCAUACAGAAGGAAGUAAUGUUGUUACAAACAUACCGCCAGGUUUUUCUAUUUCUCCAAAUUACAUUUCAUCGCAGGAAAAUAUUACAAAAUCUGAACUUGAAACUACUACAAUGAUGCAAAGUAUGUAUACACCAAGUGUUCAAACAUACACUGCAUCUCAAUUGAAUCCGGCUACAAUUGGCGGAUCUACUACUACUAGUUCUGUAUCUCAUGUUGCAUCUAAUCAAAGUGCUAUAAGUAUGACAUAUAAUAAUGAUCCUGUAUCACAUCAAAAUACAAUGCCGAAUAUACCUGGAAUGCCAACUACUUCACCGUUACCAACUUUUACUACUAAUACAACGAUCUUGAAUGAAGCAACUGGUAUUGUUGGAAUGACAAAAGAUUUUACAACUGUACAGAGUGGCAUGUCAUCACCAAUACAAUACAAUGUGCCUCAAUCUCAUAUAGUAACGACACCUAUAUCGUUGCCCGGAAUGCCACCUAUUACUGUUAGUGCAAGUCUACCACAGAAUACAUCUUUCUGUUCACCUGCUCUUCAACAAAAUGAAUUAACCGGUGUUAGUACAGAUCCUAUAUCUACAAUACCAUCAACGCAGUAACGACUAUAUUAUUUCUAAUGAAAAUAUCUGUUUUAUAACAAAGUACAUAUUGAAAAAUAAAAGUAAAAUAAAGAGCGCAA